GCCGGGUUGCCAGCUGCGGACUGCGGGCUGCUGGGCCGCUCCGUGGGCUCGCUCCAGGGCUCUGCAGUGAGAAAACAUUUCUGGGCCCGGAUGUCGUUCUUCACAGAAGCACACAGGAGAUCAGUUGCAAAAGUGGUGUGACCUGGGGCAAAUUAUUUCAUCUCUAUGAACCUCUAUUUCUUUGUCAAGUGGAUGUCACGGUCCCACACCUAAUGAGGAUUUCUAAUGAAACCCUCAACAUGUGUGUACACAGCAUAGCCCUGGAGCAAAGGAGGGGCGGGCUGUACAUGCCUUCCAACAAGCCCACCAGGAACACGCCCGAAGCUGGAUUUAUUAGUUCUGGCCAUAUUUAUUUCAACUGUAAAUCAAAUGAAGCCAUCAGUCUCCAAGGGCGGCAUAAAGAUGUGACAGAUUUGGCGAUGGGAAGAUACAAAGGUACAACGCAAAGUCGGCAUUCUUCUUUCAGAGCAAAUCUGCACACAGGUUUCCACACCUGGACUGUCAACUAGGGAAAAUUGUCACCAAUGGCAGUAAAACUCGUUUUCUGGGAGUCAAGGGAUUACAUGGUCCAGGGGUUAUUUUGCCAACCAGGUCUUAUGGACUAAUUGGCUCUCAUUCAGCAGGAACCUAACAGAGAAGUCAUCCCGCUGUAUGUCAAAACAAUGCUUGGUUUUAAGACUGCUCCGAAAAUGAUUAAAGUAGUAUUGCAAUGUGACAUUGUCAGGGGGCAACAAGCAGCUUGAGAAUUUCCUAUUACUCAAAUAGCAGCUUGAAGGAAGCUCCUUUCCAUUAAGUAGGACUGCAUGGCCAGCAGCCCCCAGUGAAGGGUGGAAAAUGAGCCUCCCAGUGGCUCCGAAGAAAUCAUGUUACACUCAGUUGCGGGACAACAGAAAUGGAGUGAAAAAUAAUAAUGAGAGUAUCCUAGGUCUGGGAGAUACAAAUGCCAAUCAAAUCAUGUUGGAGGUCAGUUCCUCUCACGAUGAGUCUGAGACACGUGACCGGGCAGAUGAAAUUGGAAAUGCAAAUUCAAGCGAGCCAGAGAACAGUACCCAUUUCAAUAAGGAAUUUCACCAACUUCAGGGCUUUGGGAGAGGAUCGCAGGCUGGCCCCACCAGCCUGAAAGAUUUUAAAUUUUCUUCGACCGUCCACGGAGGACUAAAUGAAGAGCACAUGGUGGAGAGAGGCACAGAUAUCCUACAGACCCCUCGCAGUGUUCAGGGACCAAGUCUGUCAAGUUGGAGGAACAUUAUGGCGGAGGCCAGUCCAGAGGUUUUGGCUAAAAGGGAUGCUGAACUUCCCCGGCAUGCUCCUAAGGAUAAGUUGGCAAAGACCCUUGACAAUGAGGAGUUGAGAAGGCAUUCUUUGGAAAGGGCAGGCAGCUCUGCUGUUGUCGUGGACAUGCCCACGAGGGAGUGUGGCGGGAGCCUGACCUGGCAGCGUCUGCAGCCCAUGCAGCUCGACUCCCAUGAAGCCCCACGUCAGGAGCCCAGUGGUGGGGAGGGGCCACAGAGGAUGUUGACCGCCCCCUCUCUAGGGGCAGCUCUUCCUCCGGCUGACAGUACCUCAGAGGGAAAGAGUGUGCGUCAUCCUAAACCAUCUACCUCAGCAACCAAGGAGACCACCCCCUCAGAGACCCACAUGGAGGGGGGACAUGGACCGAAAGAUAGCAAUGAGAGCACCUCACUUUCUGCCCAUCCAGAGCCUGGGCUGGAUUCACCUCCAGCAUUGAAGGGAGUCCUGAGUAAGCCAGAAGCACAAUUAGGUCAGGGAAAGGGAGAGCUCAAGCCAGAGCUGAAAUUUGUCCCGCCCAAGGCUGUGCAGGAGUUAAAGUCAGUCCAGGCCGAGGGUCUGGGAUGCCCCAAGGAAGGUAGCAUGGUACCCCUCGAGAGAAAGGAGCCGGGUGGCAAAGCACAGCAGGAGGCUGCCACCAGUGCCCUUAGCCUGUCAUCACACAGCAGUGGCCACCACCUUGGUGUGGGAAGAGGCAGGAGUGAGCAGGACAAGAGAGCAGUCUACCCAGGUGACGAGGGUUCUCCUCAGAGCCCCCCCACACCAGGCCCUGCUUCCUUGGGAGCUGCCGAGAAGCAGCCCACUGGCAAAAUUUCAUCAAGUGCGGCUAGGAAGUUGGGCGAAACGGCAUCCAGCAGCAUUUCAGCAGGUGAUAGGCAUGGUCCUUUUAUUCCUUAUGACCCACCUGACAGCAGGCCGUCAGAUGUCAGUGAGGAGAGCGCACUGGACAAUGGGAACAUGGACAGUGCGGCGGUUUGUACUUCAGAUCCUUCUGUUGGAGAGAGCAACACUGGGGUCCCGGAGCCCCUCGGCCCUCAGAGCAGCAGCUCAGAAGUAGGGGACAGCAAAGAGAUCCCUCCAUCUGUUGCAGAAGAUAGGAAGUUCCUAGAAAGUGCAACUAAGACUGAAAGCACCCCAGGGGGAGCAGGUGCUCUUCUCAGUGGCCUGGCACCCCUCCAUCCAGAGACAACUGUGAAUGUGACCCACCAGCCUCCACCACCUAGUAGCAGUGUUCAGGACUUAGGCGCAUUAGGUGCGGAUGCCAGGGCACCCUCGGCUGCCGCACCCCCCACCGAUAGUGCACGGUUGUUGAACACCCCCCUGAAAGUGCCUGACAAGAGCACCUGCCCCAGUGGGAUCCCCGAGCCUGUCUUCCCACAUUCUGAGGACACCCCUUCCUCCCAGGAGGGAAUGGAGGACCACCAGGUUGAAAAAACAGGAGAAAGGAUAGAACCCAAGCCCAUCAUUCUGCCCAAGCCCAAGCACGUGAGGCCCAAGAUCAUCACCUACAUCAGGAGGAGUCCUCAGGCCCUGGGCCAGGUGGACCCUUCGCUCGUUCCCGUGGGGCUUCCUUAUGCCCCGCCCACGUGUACCAUGCCUCUUCCCAAAGACGAGAAGGCAGUGGGUGGUGAGCUGAAGCCGUCUGCCAACCUCUAUGAGAAGUACAAGCCGGACUUGCAAAAGCCCCGGGUCUUCAGUUCUGGGUUGAUGGUGUCUGGGAUCAAGCCCCCAGGACACCAUUUCAGUCAAAUGAGUGAGAAGUUUCUGCAGGAGGUUACAGAACGCCCCGGAAAAGAAGAAUUUUGUUCUCCUUCCUAUACUCAUUAUGAAGUUCCUCCAACUUUCUAUCGAUCGGCCAUGCUCCUUAAGCCCCAGUUGGGAUUGGGUGCAAUGUCCCGUUUACCAUCUGCAAAGAGCAGGAUCCUGAUUGCGAGUCAGAGGUCCUCAGCGAGUGCCAUCCACCCACCAGGACCCAUCGCGGCAGCUGCUAGCCUCUACAGCUCCGAUUCUGUGGCAGAUUUAAAGAAAGCCUCGGGUUCAAAUGCUGCAAAAUCCAAUCUACCAAAAUCUGGACUUCGUCCUCCCGGAUACUCGCGUCUCCCGGCAGCCAAGCUGGCGGCCUUUGGUUUCGUGCGGAGCUCCAGCGUGUCCUCGGUCUCCAGCACCCAGUCGGUGGACAGCGCGCAGCCCGAGCAGAGCCGUCUGGCCAACCGGUCAACCUUUGGGAAUGAAGACCAGCCGGCUCUGAAGGCAGCUCUGCCUUCCAAAGACACACCCAAGGGGGCCAGCCGGGCGGCCCCUCCAGCAUCCUCCAGCGUGACAACACCCCGCAGGAGUUUGCUUCCGGCGCCAAAAUCUACAGCUACGCCUGCUGGAUCAAAGAAAGAAGUACAGAAAGACCAAGAUGUUAACAAACCUGCUGUUUCAUCUCCUAAGAGAACUGUGGCUUCAGCCACCAAGCCUCAUUCACCAGGAUACCCCAAACAGAGGACUGCAGCGCCCCGAAAUGGGUUUUCCCCCAAGCCAGACCUGCAGACGCGCGAGGCUGAGCGGCAGCUGGUACAGCGGCUGAAGGAGAGGUGCCAGCAGCAGGCCAGGCAGCUGGGCCUCGUGCAGGGGGAGCUGCGGAGGGCCAUGUGUGGCUUCCAGGCAUUCGCCGUGUCCACUCAGUAUUUCUCCAGAAAGAGUGAAAGUGCCCUUGUGAAAGAAAAAGAGCUGUCAAUCGAACUUGCAAACAUCAGGGAUGAAGUUGCCUUCAGUACAGCCAGGUGCGAGAAACUGCAGAAGGAGAAGGAGGAGCUGGAGAGGCGGUUCGAGGAGCAGGUGCGCAAGCUGGGCUGGCAGCAGCAGGCGGAGCUGCAGGACCUGGAGGAGAGGCUGCAGCUGCAGUUUGAGGCGGAGGUGGUGCGCCUGCAGGAGGAGCAGCGCGCCCAGCUGCUGCGGAUCCGGAGUCAGCACGAGGAGCAGGUAGAAGAUCUCACGGCCAGCCAUGAGGCUGCUCUCCUAGAGAUGGAAAAUAACCACACGGUAGCCAUCGCGAUCCUGCAGGAUGACCACCACCACAAAGUCCAAGAACUGGUGUCUACCCAUGAGCUUGAAAAGAAAGAGUUGGAAGAAAAUUUUGAAAAGCUGCGGCUGUCAUUACAGGACCAGGUAGACACGCUGACCUUCCAGAGCCAGUCUCUUCGGGACCGAGCAAGACGCUUUGAGGAGGCUCUGAGGAAGAACACCGAAGAGCAGCUGGAGAUUGCCCUGGCUCCCUAUCAGCACUUGGAAGAAGACAUGAAGAGUCUGAAGCAGGUGUUAGAGAUGAAGAAUCAGCAAAUACACCAGCAGGAAAAGAAGAUUAUUGAGCUGGAAAAACUGGCGGAAAAGAACAUUAUCCUAGAGGAAAAGAUCCAAGUUCUCCAGCAGCAGAAUGAAGACCUCAAAGCAAGGAUUGACCAGAACACCGUUGUCACAAGACAACUGUCGGAGGAAAAUGCUAAUCUCCAGGAGUAUGUCGAGAAAGAAACCCAGGAGAAGAAGAGAUUGAGCCGAACCAACGAAGAGCUGCUUUGGAAGCUCCAGACGGGGGACCCAACCAGCCCCGUUAAACUCUCCCCCACGUCCCCUGUUUACCGGGGCUCCUCCUCGGGGCCCUCCUCUCCCGCCAGAGUCAGCACAACGCCCAGAUGACGCCGCACCACGCAGCCCGCGGGAGCCGUGGCUCCCGGCCAGCCAGUGCUUCCACCGGACUGAGUCACGAGCAGGGGGCCGGCCCGCGGCGGGCCAUGCGCGCAUGCUCAGUAGCUGCAUAGCCGCAUCCUAAGCAGUCCUCUUAUGAUCCUCAUAUAAGACUGUCCUGGUGUCGGCACUUAGGAAAGUGUAAACGGUAGUGUCUGAUGUGCAAACAUGUGACCCUAGGUAGAGCCAAAAGAAAGAAAGAAACUCCAGCUGUUCUCGAGCAAUGAACUUUCGCUGCAGAAUUUCAGGUUAGUUACGAAUAGCUCCGUUUUGAAUAUCCAUUGAAUCGUCAUUGUGUACUGCUCCGAUAUGUGUGUGUGCUUAGAUACACGUGUGUACACAUGCA